AUGGAUGUGAGAAUCUUCAAAAAUGAGACGACUUCAGGCGAUGAUUACUAUUUUACAUUAGCAACUGCGUUCGGCGAACAGAAAGGAUGGUUGGCAAUUGGUUCGGGCACACAUAUGGAGGACGCCCUGAUGUUCGUGAUUUAUCCAACAAUCGAGAAUGAGGGAUUGUUUUUAACCACACGAACUACCAUCAAGCACUAUCCUCCUCACAUAUUGCAAUAUGCCACCCCAAUCGUCGAGGUGCAAGAAACAAAAGUCGAGAAUUUAACGAAUAUCAUGAAAUGGACGUGUUACGGGUGCAAUAUGUGGUCAGGUUCAAAGUUCGACUCCUCUGCCGAAUCGCAACCAUUCAUAUUUGCCAGAAACUAUGAGCAAAUAGCAACAUCACGGAACUCGCCAAAAGUCCUUCAGCAACACGACGUCUAUGGUGUGUUGUUCUUCGAUCUCUUGCACGCGAAUGGCGACUUGAAAGAGCAGCCUGCUUCACCCUCAAUUGAUCUGACUAGCCUAGAUGUUGAGAUCGCAGAUAUUAGCGAUAGCACACAUAAAAUGACUGCGCAUCAAGCUCAUGGUAUCAUCAUGUGUCUUGCUUUUGGCGCUAUUCUACCAUUUGGGGUCCUCGCUAUAAGAUGGAAACCAUUGGCGUCAUUUACAAAGCAUUGGGUGAUUCAGCUGCUAUUUACAGUUACUGAAUUUCUCGGUGCUUUCAUCGGGUGGAGGAAGUCCAUAGCUAAUGGUGGAAUAAGAAAUCUAAAUGAUCCCCAUAAAAUAUUCGGGAUGGUAAUUACCGCUGUUUUGUCAUUUCAAAUAUUCUUGGGAUAUCUGCAUCAUCGACAAUAUCUCGCCAAAAUGCGGGAAACGUAUAGUCUGGCACCUUUGAAGCUCGGAAAAUACCAUAAAUACUUCGGCCGAUGUGUUUUCGUAGGUGGUGCGAUCAAUGUAUGCAUUGGAUUUAGAAAGGGACACCACACUCCAAGUUAUUAUUGCGACGAGAAGAAGAAGUCGAAAUACACAGUGCUGGUGACCGGAAUGGGUGCAUUCCCCAAAGACCCAGGAAACGAAGCAGGAGGCCACUACUCCGAAGACAACAAUGCAUCUCACUUGAUCACCAAACUUCUGCCUUCAAAACUCGCGCCAUUCUCCGAGUAUAACAGCACAGCCCUAGAAAUCGAAAUCUUGAAUCCCACUUCUGGUCCUGGCUGUGCAGUUAAAUCUGAAUACGGAUAUGUUCGCAAAUACUGUAAGGAACUCUGGGAGAGUUAUGGUAAUAAAAUUGAUUUCAUCAUUCAUCUCGGUAUGGCGGAUGGCUGGGAAUGGUAUACUUUGGAGAGAAGUGCGUGGAAGGAGGGAACGGUGAAGAGUGUUGACGAGGGAAAUGGGAGGAUGAGUGAGCCGUUGGAGUAUUAUAUGCCACCUGAUGAUGUCGGUGAGACAUCUAAAGAUCUUUCUGGGCCUUGUCCUUGGGGUGAGACGGUGCCAAAUCAAUUGUGGGCGGUCUCAGGAAUUGAUGUUGAUAGGAUUGCCCAACAGACCGAGCAAGCUCUUAAUUUGAAGAGCGAGCGGGAGGGGAAUGGAAAGAUUGAGGUCCGGCCUCAUCCGGAUGCUGGAAAUUACAUUUGCGGCUUUAUUUCUUACGAAAGUUUCGCGCAAGCUUUCGUCAAUAGAUACUCAGCUAAAGCAAUUUUUUGCCAUGUUCCUGGGUGGCAGGACGAGGAGAGACUCGAAACAGGGAGGGAUUUUGUGUGUCAUUUGAUCGGUCAGUUGGCUACGCAGUAG